CUUUCCUUCCUUCUCAAUACCACGAUAAACACAAUGUUCAAUCGGGAGAAGCACUUUUACGAGAAUUUCGAAGUGAACAAAGCACAAGGCGGUACCACAAACACAGAAUUUGCGUUCCCAAGACAAUGUUUGGUGUUAGGCGACCCUCGCGUUGGCAAGACAAGUCUUGUAAAGUCGUUAACUGGAAAGCCAUUUGAUCCAACCGAAAAAACAACGCAGGGAAUAGACCAAAGUCUUGUGGACCACAAGUGGAAAACUUGCGACAUGAAGGAUCUUGUUUUUGGUGACUUGUGGAGAUAUCUCAAAACAGGCGACGUGGAGUUGGCCCUGAUUGGAACUGGAAGACAAGUCAAUAAGGUUCUCCUCCAGGAUUUAGAUAUCGAGAUGGCUACUAGUCUUCUGCGGCUCCUCAAUUACUUCGUUGCUCUAUUUUUAACAUGCUUAUUCCUUUUGGGAACAGUAAUGAAAUUUUCUGUGGAACUUUUCUUAAUUUAUUACAUUUACUACGGUCACCGAAUAUUUUCGACUUUUGCUUUAAACUUUGAGACUUCGACUUAUUUGAGAUUUAUACUCGCUAGUUUGGCUUUCACAUUGAACCGCUCAGGAUUGCUUAUAGGGUUAUAUUCAGCGAUACUGAUUUGUCCUUUUUAUGAUAGUUACUUUGACUUUGCCAGUACUCGUGAGUUUAUUAUGUUGAGCACAGUUACAGGAAUUGCAUUUCUCGCUAUUUUCCUCUUUAUAGGACCACUACGACUACCCUUUGGUUUAGAUCAACUUGCGAGGAAUCAAGCCUUUAUUAAGUUACUCCGCUAUUGUCGAUUACCGCUAUCAAUCUCUACAGGAUUAAUUUUGGGCUUUAUUGUUUCAAUGUCGCUCGGGGAAAGCCCUGUCAGAAAUGCCAAUGAGAAGGCCCUGUUAUCCCCACUACGAGUAUCAGAAAUACCAACAACUAAAAUCCCUCUAUGUAAGAUGAAAUGUCGCAUAGCGUUCCUUUACCUCUUAAAUUGGAAUAACGACCACGGUGCCGUCUUUCUCAGUCUUCUUGCGAGUUUUGUGAUGGAAUUUCCAACUACAAUUUGGAACAAGAAAUAUUUUCAGACCAAAUUUUUAGCAGCCAUGAAGGUGGACAUAACCUUGGCACCUUUAGUCGCUCUGUGUUUCAUACUUUUCUAUUAUUACUUUAGAAUAGUAUUUCAAGUAUGGACUAAACCAUUUUUGACACUUUUUUACUUUUUGAUAUUAUUUUUUGUGCACAUCUGUUUAACUUUACAUCAGGAAUGGUUUUGCAGCGAUUCAGAAAGUAAUGACACAAUAUUUGUACACCCUCCGAACAGUUUCUUGACAGUAGCACUGAUUGGGAAAGGGGAAAUUAAUGUAAAUAGGCUUCAAAAUGCCCUAAAUGCAAAAUAUCCCUCUUUGAAGGUGAAGGUUCUUGAUUUCGCCGGUGACAAAGAAUAUUAUGCGUAUCAUCAUAUGUUUCUCAGGAGCCAGGCUGUGUAUCUCAUUGUAUUUAAAAUGACCGACUUUGCCCAAGAUGACCUUAAUUAUUUUGAUGCUGAGAGGCUUUGCUUUUGGUUUGAGUCUGUCUGUAGUCAUGUGUUGCCCAAAACACCUAUCUUCCUUGUUGGAACACACAGUAAAACCAUAGACAAGAAACGCAUACAGGUGUUGAAUAACUACUUCAAGCAAACCUUUUGGGGAUCCUAUUGCGACGAGCUGAUUGUCAAUGAAGAUGACGAUUUAAUCUUCUUUCCAGUUGAGAACUCAAAGGGUGAAAAUGAUCUUGGAAUUCAAAAGCUUCGAAUCAAAAUCAUGGCUGCUGCUGAGGAAUGCAAGCCAACCACAGAUCAGAAGGUUCCCUUGUCAUGGAUUAGGAUUCAAGAUGCAAUCAUCCAGCUGAGGCAAAAGAAGGCUGCCAGGUUUUGUGUGACACUAAAAGAGUUUCCAUGGGCAUUUGGUAACAACAUUCACACUGACUGGUCAGAAGAGACCUUGAAAUACUUCCAUGAACAAGGCCUGGUAAUAUACAUUUACAAAGAUGAAGACCUGUCCAACUGGGUUCUACUCAAACCACAACUACUGGUGGAUAUAAUCAUCCAGCUUGUCAAGCCAUCCCCUCAAGUUACCCAGCUGAGAGGGUUGAGGAGUGACUGGAAACUUCUCCAGGAGAAGGGAGUGCUAACGAAACAACUCCUGGUCACCAUCAUUUCCAACGCACAGGAAAAUGAAGUGGCCAUCAGAGCAUUCCUAGAAGAGUAUGAUUUGAUCUGCCCACUGACAAACACAAAAGUCAAAAUUGCCAGCUUAAGAGACAAAGAGAGACUCCAGCCAUCUCACUUUGUCCCAUCACUGUUACCAAGGUCUCAAGAUGGAUGCAUCCCAGCAUGGCAUGAUGACAUGAGAGAUAAAAAGUUCUUGGUCUUUUUUGAGAGGUUCCUACCAGAGCCCUUGUUCCAUCGCCUGCUGUCUCGUGCCCACAAGAAUAGUAAGGUGGAGUUUGUCAAUGGUGCAACAGUUGUGUUCAGAGAUGUUGGAAAGUUUUGGAUGAGUCCUUGGCAGCCAUAUAGGCUUAAGCUGAUUAAGAAAGAGAGCGUUAUUGAAGUUACAUUCAGCACCAGCAAUGGUCGGGGAAAGAAGCCUUCAGAUGUUUUAUGCCAAGUGUACACCAUGGUAGAUGGGAUUUGCAAGAGGAGUUUCCCUUUUGUAAAGUUUCACUGUGGUCCUGCCUGCCCCUCAGCCAAAUGCCCUGGUUAUCAAGACAACUACAUGUACACACCAUAUCAUCAUUACCGACAACAUGUGUUCAAUAUCAUGCCUGGCCGUCAAGUAGAUAAAACUGCCUCUUUGUACUGUGUCAACAGAAGUUUUGAAGAUGAGCUACAAGAGUGGAUACCAUAGCUGGAUUAGCCAUUGAAAAGUUUCCACACAGAGUGAAAAUUUCCUGAAGCAAACAAAAUUGGUUGGCAUUUUUUGAAGAGCCAGAGCUACAUGCAAAACCAGGACUUCCAGAGGAGGAGAUUAUACCACUCAAUUUGUUGUAUGUCAAUAAUACAAUAUUCACUAUUCCUUUUCUUACUGCAGUCAGGUAUAAACUUAGUGCAAAAGUUUCAACAUUUAAACAGGAACAACAUUUUAGAGAGAUAUUUACAGUACUAACAACAUAAAGUCUAUACAUUUCAUGAGUACUGGUUUAAUGAUGCAAGUCAGACAAAAUUGAAUCAAUGAUAGUAGAAAUUUAGCCUGUUUCAAAUGUGCAUUCAUUUUCUUGCACCUAUAAUUAUUAUGAAUUUUGAUACCAAAAAAGACCUGAAGCUCUGUAUAUCGCCACUGCUGUUGUUCUCAAUUGUUGUUUUGUUUUUUUUAACUGGUAUUGAUAAUUUUGACAGAGACUGUAAUUUUUAAUUUGUAGGAUAUAUAUGAUUAUGAUAUCAUAGUUACAAAUCUCUUAAAGAAACUGAUUUAUGAUAUUCAA